UUUGGUCGUUGAAAUAAAAUAAAAUUCACUUUCGGAUUUCAAAGCACAUUCAUUUUCAUUAUAAUUUGACGUUGAAGUGGGCAUAUUUAACCCUCUAUCACUCAAAAUAGAGAGAAUAGUUUUUUGUCUGCACGCUAUGAAUUUUCACACUAAAAUUACUCGUGAAACCAGACGAAACGUCAGAUUGAGUUCGGUAAUGACUCAAAAUGAAAAUUGAAGUGUUGACUACAAGCCUCCAUAAUAGUUUGAAGGUGUUGAGUGGGCCGUUUACAAUAUAGGCAUUUUUUUGUGCACAAGAUGCGCUUCAGUUCAUCGCAGUAUCGGUGCGCAUAUAUCGAAAGUCAAGCAUCUUAAGAUGGAUCGAUGGGAAGACAGUGAAAUCGAACGCAUGAAAGAGGUUGGAAACUAUAAAGCGCGACAAAAAUAUGAACAACGCGUUCCUGCGUGCUAUCGACGACCCACCGAAAAUGACCCACAGGUUUUAUUGGAGCAAUGGAUACGCGCAAAAUAUGAACGUAUGGAAUUUUGUCAUAUCGAACGACCGAGCUAUACGUCCGGUUAUAUGGAGGGUUUUUUAAUGAAAAAAGGCAAAGAAGAUCAUCGAUACCAAUUACGUAAAUUUAUUUUAUCAGAAUCGGAUGACACACUUCGUUAUCAUGUAAAAGAGAGCAAAGAACCAAAGGCUGUAUUACGCAUUUCUGAAUUGAAUGUUGCAUUCGCACCGGCAAAAAUUGAACAUUCAAAUUCAAUGCAAAUCACAUUUUUAAAAGACGGUUCCACGCGACAUAUUUUCGUCUACCAUGAUGAUGCUGAAGUGAUAAAUAAUUGGUAUAUGGCAAUCCGUUGUGCCAAAUUGCAUCGUUUGCAAGUUGCAUUUCCAAGUGCUAGUGAAUCGGAUUUAAUUGGUCUACUGAGUCAUGAUUUUGCCAAAGAAGGGUGGAUUUUUAAAACAGGACCUCGUCAGUCGGAUGGAUAUAAACGUCGCUGGUUUACAUUAGACAAUCGAAAAUUAAUGUACCAUGACGACCCACUGGACGCGUACCCUAAAGGCGAAAUAUUUUUAGGUAAUAAUUUGGAUGGUUAUAGCAUACGAAUUGGUGUGCCUUCAAAUGCAAAAAAUCAAGGAUAUAGCUUUAACUUUACAUUGUUUACGCCGGAACGUGUCUACAAUUUAUCGUGCGCUACCGAAAUUGAACGUGACGAAUGGAUACGAACAAUACAAAAAGUAUUAGAGCGACCGUUGACACCACAAGACAGUAAUGUUUCAGCAAGACUAAUUCGCAAAAGGACUGGAACAAAUUCGAUAAACAUUUUCACCGGAAGAUAAUAAAACAAAUGGACUUAUAUAUGAUUUCUGCCAUAGUGAAAAUCAUAGAUUAGAGAAGGUUAAAACGCCAUUCUUACGCAUCAAUAUGAAACACAUAUUACAUGUUUAUUUAUCAACACAUAUAUGCGUGUAUUUAUUCAUGCACAUGGUAAAUUUUUGAAAGCUGCUGUUUGUGGGCAAGCAGUGCCGCCAAUUGACACAUCCACACCACAUUUACAUCUGCAUUUUCUUCCGUUCCCGUUGACCGUUCUUUAAAAUAAUAUUUUCUACGUUUUCACCGCGCAAAAAUGACCUGAUGAACAACCAUACUAAUAUAAUUCUACACGUAUUCUAAAACAAACAAAAUUUAUGAAAAAAUUUGAGCUAAACAUUUAUUAAUCACAUAAUAUAAUUAUAACAUAAUAAGACGAUAAUAACAAAGUUUUUCGCAGUUAUAAUAUAAAUAUAAAAUAAGAAAUAAAAUAUUCGAGACAUAUAUAUAUAUGUCGUAGUUAUGUAUACUUAUGAGCAGACUCUUUUUAUAAAAAAUGCAUUGCUUAUUUCUUCACAUAUUUCAGUUUUUUAUUCCGAACUCAAUUUGAGAGGAUGUAACAAAAAAUAUUCGAAAUCCAUAAAGUAAAAUAAAACAAGAAAAUCAUGUAUUUGUAUUAAUGUAUAUGAAUGAAACAAAAACACGCACGAAUAGGCAAAAACGCUCCAAAUAGUAAAAAAAUGUUGGAUUUUUUUCUGUUAUAAAAAAAAUAAAAUUAUAAAGUAUAUUUUAAUUGCAAAAAUACAAUAUCCUUUUUGAUUAUGUUUAAUGAAUUAUUGGAAACACAUUUCACUUUAUUUGAAUCGGGAAUUCGAGAAGAUAUUAAAUUUUGUUAACGUGUUGUAAUUCAGUCUAUGCAAUUAAGAAAGCAGAAAUAAAAAGAAAUAUGUAAAAUUUGACAAAAAAGUUAAAAUUAUUUAAAUGAAGGAAAAUUACAGAAAAAUUAUUAAUUAAAAUUCCCCAAACACAAAAAAGCACUAGUUGUAGAAUUGUUUAAAUGUGUUGGUAUAACUGUUGGUAAACAAUUCUAAUACUAGUGUUUUUUUUGUCUGUAUUUUUACAUUGGAAAUUCAGUAAUUCCGAUUGAAAGCAAAAAAGUUGGUUGAUGACAAAUAUUUCCAGUGUUAUGAAAAGAAUAUAUGUUACAUUUUGCAAAAACGUAUUAUUAAAUUUCGAAUUCGGGAAGCACUAUUGUUUGGUGUGUAUUUAGAAAAAAAAACUGGACAAAGAAUAAUUAAUUUUAAUAAUAAUCGAAUAUGAAAUAGUAGGCCGUCUCAAUAUAUAAUUAAAAAAGGUCACAAAUUAUCACUAUCAUGUGACUCUCCAGACUGACUUUCAACAACAAAAUAAGAGUUACAACUUGAAUCGCGUUCUUUGUUUUAAAAUAAAAUAGGAAAAUAGUAGAUUUUUCAAACCAAUGACACAUCAAUAUGGCAAAUUUGUAGAGAUAAUAAUUAUUAGAUAUCUUGGCCUUUUCUCAAGGCAGUGGGUUCUAUUGUAUUAUAUUGAUUUUUUGUUGUUGUUUUUUUAAUUUCAAAAAAUUAAUCGUGUUUUUUUCUGUCCCGCGAUUUAAAAAUAGAAAUGUUGACACAUUUCUUAUCGAAGUAAAAAUAAUUUGCAAAAACAAUAACGUCAUUUAUUUAUCAAUUUUUCAUAAAAUGAAUAAUGUUGCAUACAUUAAGCAUGAUCGGCUUGGUAUUUAUAUAUUAAAUAUAUUAAUGAUACGGAAUUUUAUCCGCAACCAGUGCAAAUUAAAACAAUUUAUUUAAAUGAAAAUAAGAAAAUUGAGAAAUUGAUCAAAAAUCAAAAUUGGUUUAAUUCGAAAUCGAUGCAAAGAACAGAAAAUUAAUGUAAUUAUGUUUUAUUGAA